AUGGACGCUGACAACUCACAGCCGCCCCUUGCUGGUGAAGAUGAUGGUGGAGAUGAGGAAGACGACGAUGAGGAUGAUGUUGAAGAUGAAGAGCAGGACAGGGAGGAGGAUGAUGAAGAGGAACGGGACUAUGAAGAGGACAAAGAGAAGGAGAGAAAUGUGGAAGGGGGCAAUGAUAAAGAGAAUGAACCAGAUAAGAAAGAGGGGGAAUCGGAGGAGAAACAGGAUGAUGAAAAGAGUGAAGAAGAGGAAAAAGAGGAGGAAGACAGAGAGGAUGAAGAUGAUGAUGCGAAGCAAGAUGGCGGGGGUGGGAAGAAGGGGGGUGAAGAUAAGGAUGAUGGCGGGAAUGGCGGCAACGCUAGCACCGACCAGCCCAGCAAGGGAGGUGGUGAUGAUGAGGGAGGUGCACGAAAUCCGGGGUGGCGUGGGGGCAGUUGCGACGACGAGGUGCCGCUAAGUACCAUCAUGGAGAGACUCAAGCGCACUGGCAAGGAAAGAAGUGAGGCAGAGGAAACGAUGUCCGUCGAGAGCACACAAGGAAGCAUCCAAAGUGCCGGCAGUUUUUUUCAAAGGAGCUUCGUUAAGAUGGACAUGCGGAAGGAGCCGUUUGAGGUUCAGAGUGGGCCUGUCAUUUCAGCUGCAGAUGUGGUGAGGAUUGGACCCAGUACAGACAGAAACAGGUCAUUCCCGAGACCCAUGAUAUCCCUCUUUUCUCGAUGCCUGCGAUGCCAACUGAGGAAAAAUUCUCCGUGA